AAGGACCAUCCCUGCGGCUCUUCAGAAACAAUUCAGCCUAGAAGCUCCCCUCUGGCCCAUGGCCAUCCUCUGCUCCAAGGCAGCCCCUCCUCAAGGUCCUGACAAGCAGGUGUCACCUUAGUGUUUUGUCUGGAGCCCCUGGUGGAUGGGACCCUGCGACCUCCCAAGGCAACCCUCUGCACUUUGAGGGACCCUGAAUCCAAGAGUCUUCCCACCAUCAAGCCUAGAUUUGCCUCUCUUCACCUACUAUCUCUUGUUCUUAGUUCUGGGGCCAAGCAGAUAACACCUAUACAAUCUGUUUUUUACAAGAGAGCUCUUCAUCUUCCAGCUGAGAGAGAAACUCCAAAAAAGCACCAAGCUGCUCCUGGGAAGGAUGCUUGUAGAGAAGAGAGCUGGUGAGAGGAGAGACCUGUGCAGGACAUCACUUCCAGGGUUUUUUGCUUUUUAAAGAUUUUUGUUUAAAUGAAAUUGAUGAAGCUGUCCCUCAGGUGAAGUUUUAUGAAGAGAUAAAAGAAUAUGAAAAGCUCGAUUCUGAAGAAAAGCGCCUCUGUAAGAGUAAGCACAUUUAUGACACGUUCAUAAUGAAGGAGCUUCUGUCCUCUUCCCAUGUAUUCUCAAAGAACGCUGUAGACCAUGUUCAAACUCAUCUAGCCAAGAAAAAAGUGCCCUCAAAUCUUUUUCAGCCAUACGUAGAAGAAAUUUGCGAUAGUCUUCGGGGCAACAUCUUUCAAAAAUAUAUCGAAAGUGACAAGUUCACUAGAUAUUGUCAGUGGAAAAAUGUAGAGCUAAAUAUCCAUUUGACCAUGAAUGAUUUCAGUGUACAUAGGAUUAUCGGACGAGGAGGAUUUGGUGAAGUAUAUGGUUGCAGAAAAGCAGACACUGGAAAAAUGUAUGCCAUGAAAUGCCUGGAUAAAAAGAGGAUCAAAAUGAAACAAGGAGAAACCUUGGCCUUAAAUGAGAGGAUCAUGUUGUCCCUUGUUAGCACAGGGGAUUGUCCUUUCAUUGUGUGUAUGACCUAUGCCUUCCACACCCCUGACAAGCUGUGCUUCAUCCUGGACCUGAUGAAUGGGGGAGAUUUGCACUAUCAUCUCUCACAGCACGGGGUAUUUUCUGAAAAGGAAAUGAAGUUCUAUGCUGCUGAAAUCAUCCUGGGCUUAGAGCACAUGCACAACCGUUUUGUUGUUUACAGAGAUUUGAAGCCUGCAAAUAUCCUUUUGGAUGAAUACGGACAUGUGAGGAUAUCAGAUCUUGGGCUUGCCUGCGAUUUUUCCAAAAAGAAACCGCAUGCUAGUGUUGGAACCCAUGGAUAUAUGGCUCCCGAGGUGCUCCAGAAGGGGACGGCGUAUGACAGCAGCGCUGACUGGUUCUCUCUCGGCUGUAUGCUCUUCAAGCUUCUACGGGGUCACAGUCCUUUCAGACAACACAAAACCAAAGACAAGCAUGAAAUCGACCGGAUGACACUCACCGUGAAUGUGGAACUUCCAGAUGCAUUUUCCCCUGAAUUAAAAUCCCUUUUGGAAGGAUUGCUACAAAGAGAUGUUAGCCAGCGACUUGGCUGCCUGGGAAAUGGUGCAGAGGAAGUAAAAAGCCACAUAUUUUUCAAAGGAGUCGACUGGCAGCAUGUCUACUUACAGAAGUAUCCUCCACCACUGAUCCCUCCCCGAGGUGAGGUAAAUGCAGCAGACGCCUUUGAUAUUGGCUCAUUUGAUGAAGAGGACACCAAAGGCAUCAAGCUGCUUGACUGUGAUCAGGAGCUUUACAAGAACUUCCCUUUGGUAAUAUCCGAACGCUGGCAGCAAGAGGUGGCCGAGACCGUCUAUGAUGCCGUCAAUGCCGAGACCGAUAAGAUCGAGGCCAGGAAACGGGCGAAGAACAAGCAGCUCGGCCAUGAAGAAGAUUAUGCUUUAGGGAAAGACUGUAUUUUACAUGGAUACAUGUUGAAGCUGGGCAACCCAUUUUUGACGCAGUGGCAACGUCGUUACUUUUACCUCUUUCCAAACAGACUGGAGUGGAGGGGAGAGGGAGAAUCUCGGCAAAACCUAGUGACCAUGGAGCAGGUUGUGUCCGUGGAAGAAACUCAGAUUAAAGACAAGAAGUGCAUUUUGCUGAGGGUAAAAGGAGGAAAACAAUUGGUCCUACAAUGUGAGAGUGACCCUGAGUAUGUGCAUUGGAAAAAAGAGUUGAUAGAGACCUUUACAGAGGCUCAGAGGUUGUUACGGCGGGCUCCCAAGUUCCUCAACAAGCCGCGGCCGGCCGUCGUCGAGCUCUCGAAGCCUCCUCUCAGCCACAGGAAUAGCAACGGCCUUUAAUGGCGAUGGGCGCUUCGGAGACACUGUCACUCCCUCCCCUUGAUGAGCUCCACAAAGUACUGUGUCCCCAACCCCCACGCAGGGCAGGCAGGUGCCGGGUGGACGUAGAGGGCGCAGCGAGGGCAGGCCUGGGCAGAGCGGCCGGGAGGACGGAGGAGGAGGCGGACGCGUUCUCACCAGUGGGCAGGACGUGCUCCCCGCGGCGGCUGCUCCUCACCCCCGCGGUGUUGGAAAUGGCCCUCCUUGUCAGCUGCCGAAGGAAGGAAGCCUUGUUUUCUGUUCGCUCCGCACUUGAUUUUGGUUCACACUGAACCCCGAGCGGGAGGGGUCCCUCCUGCGCCCCCACGCUUCGGCUCCAGCCUCCGGCGCUGGACGACCCUUGGGGUGGCCAGACGUGGUCUGGUGCUGCUGGUUUGAUCCUGUGCUCCAUCCCCCUCCCUGCCACAACCUCGUGAUCUUCCCGCGCGCCUCAGAAGCCCGACUCUUGUUCGGGUUAAAGUUGUAGAUACUUCCUGACAGCCUGGACGCUGCCGCUUGGCCUCGUUUGUUGUCCUCGCCCCGUAGGAGCCCCUGGCUUUCCUGGGACCUGUGAGGGAGGGGGCUAGAAGGAGCAGAAUCCAGGAUUCUGUUGUGUCCAUUAGCGAUUGGUGCCAUUUUAGAAUGGAUUUUUGGAAUGGUUGACGAUGAGCUCAAAGGCAUUUCUCUUCAAAUUCAGGGCAAAUUGCACUUUUAACAGAUCUUUGAACCCAGACGCUCCGGUGGCCGUGCCCGCUGGGAGCCACUGCGGGGCUCGGUACGCACUCUUCUAAGUAGCUCUUCUCGGUCCUUUGGAUGGUCGGGUGUCUGUUCCAGAAAUGAGGAGCCUCCCAAGCCCGGGAUUCUCAUUCUUCCUUCUACCUGGCCCUUCGAACGUGUCUGCGGGAGGGACGGCUUCCUGGGAGGAAGAAACCGCCUCUGUAGAAUUGGGCGCGGUUUUUAUGAGCAGGCGUUACAGUGAUGAGAAGUGGGUGUCCCCAGGGGAAGUGGGGUAAGAAAUGCUCACAUGCCUACGUCCACACUUGCCUACGCCCACUUCCUUUGCAAAAUGCCCUGCCGAGGCAUAAGCAAACGGAUUCUGUACAGCAGGCUGUCCUGGUCUAUUCGCGGAGCCACAGCUCCGGUGGCUGGGCCAGGCCCGGAGUGUUCUUCCUGCUUACUUACCUGUGGCUUGUUUCCUCUCUGCUCUGAGAAGCUCCUUCCGGGUCCCUUCUCAGUAGCCAAGUGCCAAGUGCCAACAGACUCCAGCAAUGGUUUAGAAAGUCGCUUCUCUUCUGGACCGUGUCUGCGGAAACUUCACUAAGCUUGGUCCUCGCCCAUGCCGCGUCCUCGAGGUCUGCGCACACGGCGGCCCGGUGGCAGCUGCCCAUGGGAGGCUCUUCAAUUCAGAGGCCCCGGGAAGGCCUCUCUCAGAGCCGCCCAUCGGCCGUAGAGAGUGCAAAGGGCUGCCGGGCCCUCUGUGUGGGCCGUCGCUGCUGGCGGAGGCCGGAUUGGCUUGAAGGCCUGUGUUCUUGCUCCUGGGAUGUCUAGUGUGUGUUAAAAGAAUCCUAUACAUCAGAAGGCAGCAUUCUAAGCAAUAUGCUGGCCUGUUUGAAAGCAGGAAUGUUCCCAACACUAGAGAGACUGGCGAGCUCAGACCUGCGUCCCCUCAUCCUAACUCAGUCCCAGAGUCGUUUUGUGCAAUACGGACAGUGGCAUUAAGGCACUGAGCAGGGCAGGGGCCAGCUGGGACUCAGACUCACAUGGGCUUUUCGGGGUCCAGUCCUGAGCGGUAUGGGGGUGCCAGGGGCAGCAGGGAGGCUCAGGGCCCCCGGGGAACAGAAGCACUGCUGGGGCAUCCCUCCAAGGGACUGAUUGGUAGAAUGGCCAAGGAGAUUCUGAACUCAGAAGGGGCCCGAGCAGGCCUUUGGCCUGAUGGAUGAGGCUGAGGUCCCAGCUGCUCCAGACUUCCCAAAGGAACACACAGAAUAAGUAAGGGGGAAGGAGAGGCGUGAGGAAGGGUAGCCAGUCUGGUCAGCGGCCCGUCCAAUCUGAGCGUUAAACCUGAAGGGUGGUGCUGCGCAGAGGCCCGGAGCGGCAGGAUUCUGCCUGGUUCCGGAAGCAGGUCGAGGGCUGAGCCGGACCCAGACCCAGACCCCAGAUCUCCACCCUUCUGACUCCCCUCUGCCUCAUCCGAAGUCAGAAAAGGAAGGAUUGUCUCUACUGUGCGAUUGCUGUUCAGGGUGCUAAACGGGGUGUCCAUUUUCCUUUGCCAUUUUUGCCUUUCUACCGUACACGUGCUCAUGAUGAUCAAGCUACUGAAUGCCUUGACGUUUGUCCCCCCCAUCACAUGUUUAGGGUUCAAGUUCAGUGAGUGAGUCUGUAGUUUUGAAAAAAGUUUGUCUCAAUGCAGAAGUUUCUAAAUUAUAUUUUCUUUCAUCCGUUUGAUUUUCAAGGUUUAAACAGUUUAGCAUAGUUCUAUAGCGAUGGCCUAAAAAGUAAGGCAUAUAUUGACAGCAUUUAAAAAUAUUUGUCCUAAUUCUUCUUGAUUUGGUCAUUCAAAGGGACAUUUAAAUGUGUCUAAAAUCUCGACUUUUUUCAGUCAAUAUAGAAUAAUUUAUGAACUUUAUUUUUAUAAUGAUUCAUCCAAAUUUAUUGACCCCAAAUAUCUUUUUA